CACGACGCCUUUGCCACGUCAUCGGUGUUUUUGGGUCAAGGGCUGCCGCUGGGAUUGUCAGCUCCAUUUUGUGGUCGGUGCCCGUCGCAAUCAGCUGUGUCUUCCGGAGGUCUUGUUGCAAGCUUCGUCUCCUUCGGCUUAGAGUCUCCAGCAGAACAAUGAGACACUCGAAGAGACCUUACUGUCCUGACUGGGAUGAAAAGGACUGGGAUUAUGGAAAAUGGAGAAGCAGUAGCAGUCAUAAGAGAAAGAAGAGAUCAUAUAGCAGUGGUCGAGAGAACAAACAUUGCAAAUACAAUCACUCUAAAACAUCUGAUAGCUAUUACAUGGAAAGCAGAUCUAUAAAUGAGAAAGAUUAUCAUAGCCGACGCUAUAUUGAUGAGUACAGAAAUGACUACAGUCAAGGAUGUGAACUUGGACAUCGCCAUCGAGAUCAUGAAAGCAGAUAUCAGAACCAUAGUAGCAAGUCUUCUGGUAGAAGUGGAAGAAGUAGUUAUAAAAGUAAACACAGGAUUCAGCACAGUACUUCACAUCAUCGCUCACAUGGGAAGAGUCACCGAAGGAAAAGAACCAGGAGUGUAGAGGAUGAUGAGGAGGGUCACCUGAUCUGUCAGAGUGGAGACGUACUAAGUGCAAGAUAUGAAAUUGUUGAUACUUUAGGUGAAGGGGCUUUUGGAAAAGUUGUGGAAUGUAUCGAUCAUAAAGCGGGAGGUAGACAUGUAGCAGUAAAAAUAGUUAAAAAUGUGGAUAGAUAUUGUGAAGCUGCUCGCUCAGAAAUUCAAGUUCUGGAACACUUAAAUACAACAGACCCCAACAGUACUUUCCGCUGUGUCCAGAUGUUGGAGUGGUUUGAGCAUCAUGGUCACAUUUGCAUUGUGUUUGAACUACUGGGACUUAGUACUUAUGAUUUCAUUAAGGAAAAUGGUUUUCUGCCAUUUCGACUGGAUCAUAUCAGGAAGAUGGCAUAUCAGAUAUGCAAGUCUGUGAAUUUUUUGCACAGCAAUAAAUUGACUCACACAGAUUUAAAGCCUGAAAACAUCUUAUUUGUGCAGUCUGACUACACAGAGGUAUAUAAUCCCAAAAUGAAACGUGAUGAACGUACCUUAAUAAAUCCAGAUAUUAAAGUUGUAGAUUUUGGCAGUGCAACCUAUGAUGAUGAACAUCACAGUACAUUGGUAUCUACAAGACAUUAUAGAGCACCUGAAGUUAUUUUAGCCCUAGGAUGGUCCCAACCGUGUGAUGUCUGGAGUAUAGGAUGUAUUCUUAUUGAAUACUAUCUUGGGUUUACAGUAUUUCCAACACAUGAUAGUAAGGAGCACUUGGCAAUGAUGGAAAGGAUUCUUGGACCCCUACCAAAACAUAUGAUACAGAAAACCAGGAAACGUAAAUAUUUCCAUCAUGACCGAUUAGACUGGGAUGAACAUAGUUCUGCUGGCAGAUACGUUUCAAGGCGCUGCAAACCUCUGAAGGAAUUCAUGCUCUCUCAGGAUGCUGAACAUGAGCUUCUCUUUGACCUUAUUCAUAAAAUGUUGGAGUAUGAUCCAGCCAAAAGAAUUACUCUCAAAGAAGCCUUAAAACACCCAUUCUUUUACUCACUUAAAAAAAGUACAUGAAUUUAUCUCUCUCUCAAAGAGAUCUUAUAGACUGUAUCAGUCUAGUUUAUUAAAUUAUUUUGUACAGCUUUGUAAAUUUCUUAAGUUUUUUGUAUUGACAUUUUGUUUCGAUAAUUUGAUUUGUUAAUUACAUAGCUAAGUAAAGUAACAUUUUCCAGUAAUUAUAAAGUGAUUUAUUCAGAAUAAACUGCUAAAUGAAAUUCA